AACAUGGAGUAGAGAGAGAUGGGGCUCUAGCGGGGCCACCCCUCGGUAACAAACAGCGACGACGCGCUCUUCUUUUUUUUUCCCCGUUUUUACGCACAACUGGAACCGGAGCCGUCAGUGAAAAUAUGCACCUCGGGACUUUAAAAAAUAAAUAAGUAACAUUAAAAACCGGGAGCGUGCGCAUUUGGGGAGGGGGAGAAGAGAGGGAGAGAGAGCAGAGAGGGAGAGGGAGAAGAAGGAGAGGCGGAUUAAAAGGCGACUACAUUGUCUGCAGGCUGCGUUACCUACCGACCCGAUCCACCUACCCAACCGACGGCGAUGGGGCGUUAAAGUUGCCAAGAGGAGGCAUCUGCGAUCCGGCGGAGAGGAGACGCGCAGGAGACGGAGGCAGCGCCAGACGAGAGCCGACGGGCGCACAUAAAGGCGCAAAGGAGGGAUUAUAUGCGGAAUCGGAGAAAGAAUGACGAGCGAAAAGUAUGCAACCGCUGGCGCACAUUACCUGAGGUGAAACGAGAAAAUGAUAGAAGAAACACACCCAAACGAUGAUAGCUACAUCGUGCGAGUGAAAGCAGUGGUGAUGACGCGGGACGACUCGAGCGGGGGUUGGCUGGCUCAGGAUGGAGGUGCUCUGACUAGGGUGGGUGUGUGCCGCCUCCUGCCACCGGAGCUGGCGCCCACGCCGGCCUCCAGCACACAUAGCAGCACCCAGUUCCUCAUUCGUGGUGAACGACUGCGGGACAAACAGGUGAUCUUGGAUUGUCCACUAAGGAAAGACCUUGUGUACACCAUAGCCACGCCCACCUUUCAUCAUUGGAAAGUGGAGGACAGGAGGUGUGGCCUUUCUUUCCAGAGCCCAGCUGAUGCCAAGGCAUUCGACAGAGGAGUACGGAAAGCUAUCGAGGACCUCGCUGAAGGAUCAACAACAUCCUCCACAACACUCCAGAAUGAAGGCGAGCUGGGCGACGAUGAUGUCUUUACUAACGCCACAGACAGCUCAUCCAACUCCUCCCAGAAACUGGAGAGCUCUCUGCAGCCACUGGAAUCCUCGCCCCUUCCUCAGAGACACAAGUGUAUACUGGGACAUCGGCACGACCUUCAAGACCCCUGCCGUCUCUCAGACCACUUCUUCUCGGACCAGCCCGUGUCCCGGUUGCCCCGCCAUGUCACCUUCCAAGAUGAUGAGGAGAUUGUCCGCAUCAACCCCCGGGAGCGCAUCUGGGAGCGCGCACCCGAGCAUCUCCACGGGCGGCACUCGGAGCGCUCCUGGCUUACCGGCUAUGAGGACUAUCGCCACGCCACGGUGCGUGACAAAUUCAUCCAAAUGGACGACUCUGAAUUCUACGUCCACUUUGACAAGACUGAGGUGCAGAAGCACGACUACACCUACCCUCUGGCCCCAGCCCUGUCUCCUUCAGACUCUGACCCCGCCCUCGGACCCUCAGCCAAUAAGGGCUACAGCGGCUCCUAUCGCCACGGCUUCCCCACUGUGGUCUCUCAGCCGCGGUCUUUCCUCUUGGGCUCUUCCCCUUCAACCAACGGCGGGAAGGGACGCAAAGGGGACAGCAUGGAGCGUGCUCAUUGCGAGCACUGCGGCGAGGCUUAUUAUAUCUCUGAAAACAGGCGGGGCCGGUGCCAGGAUGCGCCAGACCCCGUGCAGGUGUGCAUCCGGCGGGUCAGCUGCAUGUGGCUGGCAGACACCAUGCUCUACCACUGCAUGUCCGACCCGGAGGGGGACUACUCCGACCCCUGCUCCUGUGACGGUGGCGAGAGCGGUGGGAGCCGACUGGGCACGCGCUGGCUCGCCCUGCUCGGCUUGUCUCUUUUGGCGCCCUGUCUCUGCUUGUAUCCGCCCCUCCACACCUGCCACCGGGCGGGGCUUGCGUGCGGCUGCUGCGGGGGCCGACACAAGGCCAUGAGUUGAGCUGCGGCUCAGGGGACAACCUCCCGGAGGAAUCGGUGACACCGACGCAAGCACGGAGGAAAGGGAAGGGUGAGGACGGGGACACGCAGAGGGGAGCGGUGCUGGCUGCUCGCUCUCUUGCCUUUGUUUCUCGACAAAUUCCAGCCACUGAAAUAAGCCAAAAACAAAUAAGAAACGUCGGUGCAUUUUCUGAACAGCGUGGGAAGAUAAGCUCCCCAUAAUGUCAGACAGUUCUCUCCACGUGGCCAUUUUCACGCUCUGUCGGUCGUAACGGAGCUCUUUUUUCCAGGGGGCCUUUUUGUUUGUUUGUUUUUUAAAUAGCUGACUAAUAUGUCAUGUAUCACAUAUGCAGGUACUUUAUACUUUGUACACUGACUCAGCGUCAAAGAACUUGAAUUGUUUUUCUUCAUCAUUUUUCUUUCCUCUCGAUGUACAGAAUACAUGGCUGUUUCGUUUGUAUUCUGUUCCAAUAUCUCGACCCGCUCAGCCCGAACAAAAAUUGGACACUACACAUCUCCGCGUGAAUGUGUGCGUGGAUGUAGUUAUCGCGUACGACGUGCGCCCAGGCCUCUGCCGGCCGUGCUGCAGCUUUCGUCAAAGCUCAUGUAUAUAGUCGACACAGAUCUUCUUGGAAGAAUCGUGGCGCUCAUCUUCUUCUAAUAGCCCAAAGAUUUGUGUUUUGAUCCUAUUUAUUAUCUCGCUGAGGAGAAAAAAAAAAGUGCUGCUGGGUUCGAUUUACUCAACAGACGAGACGGUGCCUCCAAUCACUCUAUGAUCCUCAAGCACCUGCCUCUCUGCUGCUCUCACUUCAUUUCAGACAGUGCCUAAACCGCCGCCUAAACUUGGAACCCACGCAGUCUUAGAAUUUUUUUUGUUGGCAAUGUACUCCCAAAAUGGUGAAAUCUUAAGACUGUGACAUUCUCAUUCAUCUCAUAUAGUCUGUUCAGAAUCUGAUUUAAUCCAGAAUUGGCAACCCUUUACCUUAAAAUAUGGAGGCGGGGCUUCCCUCUACCCCUUUGAAGAUGUCUGCUGGGAUUUAAAAAAAAAACCCUGUGGCUGCAGUGCCUCGCAAUCAGCUUUAUUUAAUCUAUUUUUUUAAUGGAAAGGAAAUACUUAUAAACCAAGGACCCCAAAUUUUCUGCGACGUACAAUCAGUGCCCCUCUUGUAGCCCCGCCCUCCAAAUCGAGCCUCCUCCCCCUCCUGUCUGACAGCAUGAAUGAUUCAAUAAAUUAAAUCACUUUACCAGAUUAAUUUAAAAAAUUGCAAAAGUAAGUGAUCAGCACAGACAUCUGACACUGAACUGAUAGUUUAAGUUUAAAACUUUUAUUUUCUUAAACUGUAAAAAUUUUAAAUUUUCACAUCAGUGGAAUUGUGAUCAUUAAACAAAGUAUUUAUUUAGAUGGCAGGAAAAAAACAGAAAGAGAUAUAACAUCAGACAGAGAGUUGUUUUGAAACAUUUGACCAGUUUCGAAACAUUUCAAAGAGCCGUUGUUUUGAAAUGUUUCAACGAGCCGUUGUUUUGAAAUGUUUCAACAAUUCCCAUUUUGAAGUUAGUGCACACCCUACUGUCCGCACCCAGUACUGCAGCUCUUAUGAAUGACUCAAAAUGAAAAUGAAACAUGCGCUGGGUGUUUGGAAACAAAUCUGAACCCUGAGGUUUGAACGUUGUUAAAAUGGAUCGGUUUUUGGUCUUAAUAAUCACCCGCAAGAUCAGCAGUACAUCAGGUCUUACAGGAGCUUGAAGGAACAAAAAAGGUCAGUAAGGAGUGAUGUGGGUUGAGUGAUGUGAAAAACACCCCGUCCUUCCUGCAUUUGUCACCUGUUGUUUUGGUUGCACCAACAAAAGAAGUUUCUAAAAGUUUUGUUGUGGCAUUCCUUGCUUUUUUGAGUAGGAGGGGGAUUAAGUAAUGUAUGUUGAGUAUUUUGGUUACAUUCACAUUGUCAGCUGAAGUGAACAGAUUUGUGUGUGUGAAUCUGAAUCUGCAGAGUUCAGAUUUGCGUUUGCAUGUGACCUUUGGCUAAUCGUCUCAUUCUUCCAGUACCACAGGAGAUCGGACACAAAACUUCACUUGACAUGCAAAUUUCAGGUAAAUAAAUACAUUUGAUUCAGGUCAUUUCAGAUGUUAAUGUGCACACAGCUUUAAUAAUAAAAUUUGAUGCCAACAUUCAGAUUUGGUAUGUUCAUGAUGCUCAGGAAAGAAAGAAAAAAGAUUGAGGUCACUUCAGCUGGUAAUGCGAAUGUGUCCUUUCUUUGGGUUUGAGAUGCAGUGAGCUGGCGUCAUGUGCGUCACACACAACCAACCAGCCUUUAGAGCAACGUGACAAAUGCAGUUUCCCCUUCAGACACAAUGGCAUAGUACAGAAAUCUUACAGAACGAUCAGAAUCCCACUGUGCUCGAGUUCGAUUAACGUGAUGCAAACGAUCAUCUCUUUUAUUUAUUGAGUUUUUUUUUUUUUUAGUGGGAGAUUGGUUGUGUUCCGCUGGGAGAGAGCGAGGGCUUGGUGUCUUUAUCUUAAAUCAUGGAAACAAACAUUCAUCCCUGAUUGCAGUGCCAAGGAAAUGUCACUUGCUGAAGUUGAAGUCCAGAAUGUUUUGCGGAUGUCCUUUUUCCGUCCCCCGGUUGUGUCUGUUCCACUUAUCCUGUCCUCUGCUCGUGUUUAUGCCACUUCCGUUUCCCCUCUCCUGAUCCUGGAUCCAAAGCUCCCGGGAUCAGCUCGGCUGAAUCUGCUGUCACAGUAUAAUCAGAUCUUUGCAACGAUGCGUCAGGAAAGGGGCCAAUCAGAACACUUUUUAAAGAGCGUGCGAGUUGUCGUUUGAUCGUUUUUCUCCGUCUUGUCGGGCGUGUGUUUUCACGUGUCAUUUUAAAGUGCCUCAAAUGCAUCCGUCUGAUCUCUUUCUGUAUUUAAAUAAAAAUAAUAAUAAUUAAAACUCCCUGUAAUGAAUUAGACCCAUUUUUUUAUGCUUAGUAUUUUUACCUCUGUAAAAAAAAGAGCAAAAAUUAUAUAUAUCAAGUGUAUGUUGUACAUUUUUAUUUCUAUUUUGUUUGUUUUUUAAAUAUCUGUUUCUAAACAUGUACGAUGGAUGUAGCUCUUGAGAAGGAACAGAAAGUACUUUGUAGAUACUGAAGGUUGGUCCGGUCUGUGAGAAUACUAAAUAAAUGUGUGUCUUACCUUCCGCCUCCAAUAAAAUGAGAGAAAAAAAAUGAAAAC